AUGGCGCAUGAUGAGCACAAUCCGAACUCUCAAGAUCCGAUCUCUGGUGACGCCUUGGAAAAUCAAGUGUUAGAAGAGAAAUCAUCUGCAGAACGGAGGACAGGAUCGCCGGAUGAGUCGCGCAACGGGCAUGACCAUAACGCUCUCCCCGUUGAAUUUCCUUCUCACGAACGUAACAUUAACGAUAGCAAAAAUGGCGACAGCCAUUCCUUUGUACCGUCUUCCACCGGGUUGCGAGUGUCAGAGAAUUUGAACGCUGAAGAGGGAAAGAGCGACCAUCAAUUUGGAUUUAAACCACGGACUAUACCAGCAUGGAUUCGAUCAGUUGAAUAUGAAGAAGAUGAGACAGACGCCGGUGUCACAUCGCGACUCCUCCCUUCGCAACCCGACGAUGCUAUUAUCGCUCAACAUAAUCACUCGCCGUAUACAGCUUCAAGACCUAAUUACAGUUAUUCUGAGCAAGCGGACGGCAUCUAUGUCGAAAAAUCUACCACACCGCGUCGCGAAUCUCGUUGGCAAACAUUCUCCAGAUCGAUAGCAUAUCCUCGUGAAGAAGGCGUUGAAGAAGAGCUCGUGACAGAGGAUUGGUUAAACGAGAACCAUGGCGACUAUUCUCAACCAUGGCGAGGCGAGCUCGAGGAAAGCCAAGAUGCAGAAGACCCUUUGAAAAAGGAUCGUCGCAGAGAAAUGUGGUUCAAGCGCUUCCAUAACACGCUCUUGCAGAGUCCGAUAGUGCCUCUCAUUUUCCGACUGACUGUUUGGUGUUUCUCGCUGAUUGCUCUUGCGCUUGGAGGAUCUAUACAGCACAUGUCAAGCGAAUAUAUCCAUCCCCAGGGCCCGUCAGCUCUUAUGGCAAUUAUCGUCGAUGCAGUCGCCUUGGUGUACCUCGUGUACAUCACCUUUGACGAAUACACCUCAAAGCCGCUGGGCCUGCGUUCUCCAUCGGCCAAAGCACGACUUAUUCUUUUGGAUAUCUUCUUUAUCGUUUUUGACUCAGCGAAUCUCAGUUUGGCAUUCGAGUCUUUGUCAACAGUGAGGGGCUCCUGUACAUUUGCAGAGGUCAAUCAAGAAAUUACUCCUAAGAAUGAUGCGAUCUGUGACCGACAAAAGGCAUUGGCUUCUGUUUUGCUGAUAGCUUUAGUGGCAUGGCUGACUACGUUUGCAAUCAGCGUUCUCAGGUAUGCAUUUCCAAACCAUAAAACUUGUAUGGUCUUUCUGACUUUCCAUCCCAAACAGGCUCGUCAAGAGGGUUACUCCAGCGUGAAGCUGUUGAUUUUAGGCCCCGAAUUGCGUGCUAUAUUCCAUCGCAUCUAUUUCCCUUCUUUUCUUGUCUAA